GCCGCCGCGGGCCCCAUCUUCCGGCGCUCGCCGGAGCUCGUGCUGAUUGUUGCUGCCGCCGCCACCGCCCCGGCUGCCAUCUCGUCCUCCUGGGCCGCCGCCGCCGCCGCCGCCGCCUCCGCCUCCUCCUCCUCCUCCUCCUGGGCCGGGCCGAUCCCCUCCCCGCCGCCGCCGCCGCCGCCGCCUCCUCCUGGGCUGGGCCCGCGGUGUCUCGUCCCCUCGGGGAGCCGCUCCUGCCGCCGCCGCCGCCGCCUCCUCAUUCAUCCUCGUGCACCAUAGGCGGCACAGGCACCAAGAUGUCCAACCGAGUGGUCUGCCGGGAAGCCAGCCACGCCGGGAGCUGGUACACAGCCUCAGGACCACAGCUGAAUGCACAGCUAGAAGGUUGGCUCUCACAAGUUCAGUCUACAAAAAGACCCGCUAGAGCCAUUAUUGCACCCCAUGCAGGAUAUACAUACUGUGGGUCUUGUGCUGCUCAUGCAUAUAAACAAGUGGAUCCAUCUAUUACCCGGAGAAUUUUCAUCCUUGGGCCUUCUCAUCAUGUGCCCCUCUCUCGAUGUGCACUUUCCAGUGUGGAUAUAUAUAGGACACCUCUGUAUGACCUUCGUAUUGACCAAAAGAUUUACGGAGAACUAUGGAAGACAGGAAUGUUUGAACGCAUGUCUCUGCAGACAGAUGAAGAUGAACACAGUAUUGAAAUGCAUUUGCCUUAUACAGCUAAAGCCAUGGAAAGCCAUAAGGAUGAGUUUACCAUUAUUCCUGUACUGGUUGGAGCUCUGAGUGAGUCAAAAGAACAGGAAUUCGGAAAACUCUUCAGUAAAUAUCUAGCGGAUCCUAGUAAUCUCUUUGUGGUUUCUUCUGAUUUCUGCCAUUGGGGUCAAAGGUUCCGUUACAGUUACUAUGAUGAAUCCCAGGGGGAGAUUUAUAGAUCCAUUGAACAUCUAGAUAAAAUGGGUAUGAGUAUUAUAGAACAACUAGACCCUGUAUCUUUUAGCAAUUACUUGAAGAAAUACCAUAAUACUAUAUGUGGAAGACAUCCCAUUGGGGUGUUAUUAAAUGCUAUCACAGAGCUCCAGAAGAAUGGAAUGAAUAUGAGCUUUUCCUUUUUGAAUUAUGCCCAGUCAAGCCAGUGUAGAAACUGGCAAGACAGUUCAGUGAGUUAUGCAGCGGGAGCACUCACGGUCCACUGAAGCUCUGAAUCCUCAGGGAUGCCACCUGCACAUACUCAUUCUCUGUCCGGGGUCCCAGCCUAGCCCUUACCAAGAUACUGGUCCUGGUUUGGGGGGAUUCUGAAACCUCAAACUAAUAGAACUUUCUUCUCUUCUUUUCUAGUAGGUGUAGUCCUUCCUUAAUUUCAAUUCAUUAAAAAAUGCUUUAUAGUAUAGGGCAGUGGAAGGAAGGCUGGCAUCAAAAUAUUUUGAUCAAAAAAGAUGGUAAUGUGAAGGCCCAGUUGUGGCAGUUUUUGGAAAGUAACUUGUAAAGCAUUUACCAUAUCCUAAAUUUGCACUCUUUGCAGACUUGUGCACAUAUAUUCCGCUUUCAGAAUAGUUUUGCAAAUUGUACACAAACAAACAAAAAAAGGGUGGAAGCUUUUUAAUAAAGAAAUUGCAUUUAUAAAUGAUCUGUAUUAGAAUAUAAUAAAUCUCCAGUUAUAGUCAAUUACUACCCGUGUUGUACAACAGAUACCUUCUAUUUUAGUUGCUAAUAAAGGGCUACACAACUCAAAAUAGUCUGAUUUAAACUUAUUGCUCUGUGGUACAUAUGAAAAAUUGUUUUUUUAUUAAUUCCAUCUCAGAAUUUUUAUGUUAAAAGUGGUAAACUUCAGCUCAUGUAAAAAUAUGUUAGGAUGCAUUUUGUAUUUUACAUAUUUAUGUGAUUUUUUAUCACAGAUAUUAGAAUCAUAUUUUCAAGUUAGUUUUUAAAAUUACAUACAGUUUGCCUUUUUUGUGUGUGACAUCACCUUGUGUCAUUACUAUAUUGUAAUAGAAUAUAAAUUCAAGAUUGGUAAAAGUACACAGAUGUAGUCCUUCCCUUCAAAGAUCGUGUUUGAUAGGCAGUAGUCUGCAAAUGAGGAAACAUUGAAUGAAGAGUGUUCUUAGUGAUUUUCAAAUCAUUGCAGACCAUACACUACUGCUGUGCUUUUUUAGUGCUUUAAGCAAUUUGACUCUCUUACUUGAAUUUUUAGCAAGAAAUUGUUAACAAUAACAAAAACAAAAAACCACUGGAUUUUCUUAUAGUUUUACAAAUUUUUUGUCAUUUUUGGUGCGGCUCUUCCAACUAAAAUAAUGGUAUGGUGUUGUAUUUCUUUUUUUUAGCAUAGACCAUUUCUAGUCACUUCAGGAGAAAAAAAAUACUUGAUUAGUUAAUUAUUGGCCACCAUGCAUGUACUAGAUUAUACCUAUUUCAAUCUAACAUGGGUAUCUACAUUACAUUGGAGAGCAUUUGUAUCUUCAGUGUUAUGCCAGAAUAGCACAAUUUUUAGAUGCCUUGCACCAAUUUUAUUUAAAGAUUUGCAUUUCUUAUUUACUAAGUAUCAACUUUCUAUACUCAAGAGUUGAGAAAAAAUGAUGUUAUCUUUUGGAUUCAAAAUUAUCCUCUAUACAUGUAUGGAAAUUAUACUCUUACAUAUUAAUGAUUUAUUUCCCAUCAUUUAGGUAUACUUUUGAGCACUAUAAAUAUUUAUUCCUUAUUUAUUAUAUAGACUAUAAAAAUUUCAAAAUUGACUGCAGAGUGAAUUUUUAUUAUUUUCUGAGUAUAAAACUGAUACAUGAUUAUUAUAGAAAAUUUAGAAAGUACUGAAAAGGUUAAAGAAGAGAAAAAAAUUAUCUUCAAUUUCACUAUCCAGAGAUAACACUGUUAAUAUUUUUUGUAUUUCCUCUCAGUCUUUGUCUAUGCUAUUUAUAUGUAUGAGUGUGUAUAUGUGUUUGUGUGUGUGCAUAACAAAAUUGAGAUUAUACUGACCAUAUAGUUGUAUACCCUACUUUUUAUAACUUGACUUCCUAAGUACUUCCCCCAUGUCUUUGAAAAUGUGAUUUUUAAAAAAUGGCUGCCUGAUAUUUUAUUGUAUGAAUAUAUACACCACGAUUGAACCAGUUCUCUCUUUGGAUAUUAGAUUGUUUCUAAUAUUUCACAAUUAUAAAUAAUAGUGGGAUGGCCAUCUUUGUAUGUAAAAUUUGAACUCUAUAAUAGACUAGUUAUUUAGAAUAUAUUCAUGGGAGUGGGAUAUUUGCUUUAGAUGGUGAGAACUUUUUAGUCACUUUAAAAUAUGGCCAAAUUACCCUUCAGCAAGUUUGUACCAAAUUAAUAAUACAUGAAUACCCCUCAUACUGCCUCUUCCCCACUUACUGAUUAUGAUUUUUAAAAAUUUUUGAUAAUUUGUUAAGCAUAUAAUUGGUUGUUCUUUUUCAUCAUUCUAAUAAGAGUGGCUUUACCAUGAAUCAGUUUUUUUUUUCCUUCUGUGAUUUUGUAGUUCAUUGAUCAAUAAAAUUCACAAAAGGGUUGCUUAGGUUAAGUGGGCUGUACCCCUGUGAAUAUGUUUACUGUACAUUUAAAACUCUAGAAUAUUUCAACAUCACUCCACCCUUUCCUAGGAUAUGAGCAUCUCUUUCAUACUUAGUCAUGAAGUAUAAAGAGUUCCAAAUUGAUAGUUGAGUAGUGAGUUCUAGUUCUGUCUGUGCCACUAAUUAGUUCUCUUACCAUAAAUAUUUCAUGUUGUAUCGAGAUGGUCUCAUCUGUAAAAUGUGGAGGUGAUCUCUUAAGCACAUUCUAGUAUGUUAAAAACUUACAUCGUUAAAUUAGAAGUUUUAUAUUGAUUUCAACUCUACAUACGUAAAAAUGAAAGUCUUUUCUUAACACAAAAGGGAAAUUAUUUUGCAUUAUUUAAUGCAGUUAAUGUUACCUAAAUUGUUGAACUUAAACUUUUCUACUUUAAGUGCCUUGAAAGUGUUUUGUAUUUGAAAUCUAAAAUGUAAAGGAAGUUAUUGUGUAGUUCUGUACAGUUUCUUCUAUAUUGUAUACUUUUGAGUUAUUUGCAGCAACUUUUUUUUUAACCGUAGAUUGCACAGAGCAGUAUAUUCAUGGAUUCUUCACUAUUCUACUAGUGAAUCCUUGAGAAAUAUAUGUUAAAGAUUAGCUCAGUGAGCAGGUAAGUAAAUACUUUGUCUUGGGUGGGCAACAAAUCAUCACACAGAGUAGGAUAAAAGACUAUCCAGAUACUCCAGUGUUCAUAUUUAGAUAUUCCAUUAUGGAUGGUAGGUCCUGAGUUCGUUACUGAUCAUUGUUGCAGGUCACAAAGUUUUCUUUGGUAGUGAAUAUUGUCCAUUGCCCUAGAUUAGAGGUUGGCAGAUGUUUUGUGUGAAAGACCAGUUCCUAAUAUUUUGGGUUUUUGCAGGCCAUAGGGUCUCUGUUCCAACUAUUCAUCUUUGCCACUGUAGCACAAAAGCAGCCAGAGGCAAUGUGUACGUGAGUAGGUGUGGCUGAUUCGCUCAAACUUCACAAAGAAAGACUCUUGGAUUUGCUUGUGGGUCAUAGUUUACUGUCUCCAGUCCUAGAUCGUAUAGUUUACUUGUAAUUCAAAUUACUGGCUAGUAAUUUAAACUGCAGCAAAUGAUUCCAAGUGUCUACCUUCCUAAUCCUCUCUUAAUUUGAUGUAGUCUACUUGGCUGGGUUUGAGUGUUAUUUAGAAUUAUAAUGGGAAGUGGAAGUAGGUAAAGGAAACUAGGAAGUCUUAGGAACUAAUAUUUUAAAGCACUUUGAAGCCCUUUUGUUUGCCGUGGACCACUGAGAGGUUUGCUUUGCUGCCAUAAAUUAAUGAAAAGAAUGAUGAGUAGAGGUUGUGAUUGGUUGUUGGAAAUUAUAAAGAUUAUUCUAAGCACUUGGCUACCUAGAAGGUAUUAGAGGUUGGAUAAGAUGAACCUUUGUACCUGAGUAUUCUAGGACAUAUACCAAUAAUUUAAGAGAGACUGUGAAAUGUAGGACUCUAUUUUGCCAAGUAAAGACUUUGGAAAAAUAACUACCAUCUUCUAUCACAAUCCUUUAGUAUUCAGCCCCUCAACCAAAACCCCUAAUAUUUAGGAAGGGCAUAAACUCAGAAUAAAAGACGGUUUUUUAACUUGAGCAACUUUUUAAGUUGAUGGAAAAAUUACAACACUGUUCUGUCUUCAUUUACUCUGGAUCAAUGAAAACUUCAUUGAAGAGUAGUAUUAGUCCAUCGACUGACAGUUGGGAAGUGCUAUGGUACAGUUGACUUUUAAGUCCUAAUGUGGUUAUAGGACUAUUAUUGAUUAGCAAGUGUAAUAAGCCACGGGCACUCUGACAUUCAGUCUAAAGCUUUUAUAUUAUUGUGUUAAAUUGUAAGUGCCACAUAUUAAGAGGGAUGUUAUGAACUAUAGUCUUCAUAGGGAGGCAUCUGGAAUGAUGGAAGUCCUGAAUGCUAUGCAGAGUGGGAUCCAGUCAAAGAAAUUGGUAAUACUUAUUUUAGAGAAGAUAAGUUUAAAGAGAGGGAAUUUUUUUUUUCAAAUAUUUGAGUGACUCCCAUGUAUAGGAAGAAAUAAGAUUGUUCUGUGUUGUUCUAAAUGAUAAAAGUAAGAAAUGGAAGUUUCUGGUUCCACAUUAAAUGUUCUCUGUGAGAAUUUCUAAAUCCAAAUGAACUCUGUCCUCAAAAAACAUUGGAAGUACUCAAAAGCUAGAUCAGUGGUUCUCAAAGUAGGAUCCUAUACUAUCAGCAUCAGCAUCACAUGGGUAUAUUAUUGGUGUAGAUCUAAAAUUAUGGAAUACCAAGCUGAAAAAAAGCUAAUGGAAUUAGUACAAAUAAAAUGGAAUUUAUUUCAUGUGUAUAAAACUAUUAAGGGCAAUAAUUUUUCAAUAGAAAUUAAUUUUGAUCAUUUAGCACUCACUUUGAACAUAGAUUAUAAAUUGAUGAUUGUUGCUUGGUAGUGGUGGAACACUGGACCCUCAGAAUGAAAAUAUACUUUUGUUUUAAUUAAAACAUUUAAGUACAAGCUAGAGGUUUCUAUUUACUAAAAUAAAUUUAAGUUGGUUUUCAAAUCAAUGACUUGACUUUCUUAAACAGGUGCUUCUUGAACAUUAAAACAGAGCCAUAUCCGUAGCAGAAAAAGGGUAUUGAGGGAGCUUGCUCUUUUUACACCUGUGAAUGUCAGAAUACUAGGAAGGGAAUCAAGAGGAGCUGGCAGAUAAAUUCUCUCUGCCUUCUUUCUCUCUUACUCUAUAAAUAUAACUGAGUAUUGUGUCACCCUAUUAUCACUGACUGUGCUGUACAUUUGGUAAAAGUACCCUUAGGUAAUGCUGCUAACUGGGACUUCUGCCUUUUUAAAGUCACUGUUGUGGAUGGAACUUGUUUGCCUAUCAUGAGUUUAUUGAUACAUGCUGCUUGUUGGGGUAGUAUGUCAGUAAUUUUAGAGUUUUAGAUUUGUCAUUUAUUUCAAGGUUCUCUAGGGAUUUCAGAGUGGUUUGUGCCCAAGAUGUAUCACAUUAAUUGUGUAUGUGUGUAUGUGUUUAAUUCUAAUGUAAUGUUUUGGCCUUCACCCUAUAAAAUAAUAGAAAAAACUUUAAAAGCCAGUUCUUCUGAUUUUGAAAGCCAUAAUAUAAUACAGUUGAUUUUUCAUUAUAAAUUGUAAGUUAUGUUUAAAUGCAUAUUUCAUACUGUAUGGUGAGGUUGUAACUUUACUAGCUGUAGUCCUUUUUCUUUCCUGUCAUUGUAAUAAUGAAACCAAAGAGCAUAUAAAUACCAUUAUUAAGCUUUUAAAGUCCAAGUGUAUUCAGCAUUGAGCAAGACCUGAAUUCUGAUCUUUAAAUCUGCCAGUGCAACUUGUAGAAAAUAUUUUUAUUUUUCUGACCACAAUAUUCUCUGAAUUAUUUACUAAAUGUGAUGUUAUCUAUAAAAGUAUAAAGUAUAAAACAUGAUGAAAGUAAAAAGUAUAAAACAUGAUGAAAACUAAAAAAAAAUGAGAAUGAUAUACAAAUGACAUACCAAUGAUAGAGUUUGGUGAGAUUUUAAAAUAAGUACUUAGACUGUUGAACAAGAUUUAAUAAAUAUAUUUUUAGCUUAAACAUUUUAUAAAUGGAAAUUUUUUCCUGAAGUUUUCUUUCCAUUUAAAAUUUAUUGAUUUGAAUCUAACAAAAGAGACAUUCAGUUUUGUAUUUGUUCAAUUUUGAUGAAUUUUAAAGCAAGGAGAACCAAAGGCAAUCUUUAGAUGAAGUGUCUUCUGAAAGACAGGAAAGCAUAAACCUUUUAAUUGGAAGCACUUUUUUAAAUUGACUUUUUCCAUUUUCAGUUUUAAUUGUGAAAACCAGCUUCUUUACUAAUUUUAAAAGAUGGUAGAAUUUAAUACUCGCAGGCUCUUUGUAGUGCCAAAUGAAAUGAAUGGUAUGUAAGUGAUCUGGUGAAUUUGAAACCACUGGCCCACGGUUCUUAGCUCAUAUUUUGCAAUAUCUUUUGGUGUUUAUUGGCAUUUGGUAUAAAGUUUUAAAGACAAUUAAUUAGAAUCUGCGUUAGCUGCUUGCCUAAUGACAUGUUCAGCCAACUCUCAAGUAGAAAGAUACUGUGGACUCAUUUUCACUGGAAUUCAUUUUCACCUUUGCCGGUGAGUUGCCACUGAUUUCCUGAGACAAGUCAUUGCUCUUUCUUAGAGCAGAGUUUCUUUCUUUAUUGACGUGAGUUAGAAUUGAAUAAUAUAACUACUUUCCACCUUUGAUUUUUUUUUAUGACAAUAAUAAGAUACCUUGUUUAAUAUAUUGUACUUUUCAUUUUUAAAAGUUACACAACCUUUUCUUUCCUCUUAAUCUCAAUAAGUAUGCCCGACAUUUUUGCCUUAUUUUUAUUGAUAGAGAACCUGAGGCAGGCCCAUACAAAUAAUAUGACUUAGGUAAGUUUGCAUGGCUAGUUAGUAUCAGAGCGAGGAUAAGAAUUCAGCUCCUCUGCAAACACCUGUGACUCUUCCAUGGAUUUUUUUUCUCACCUGUACACAGGGGAGACUGGAAGUGCUAGGAAGAUAAUGCCCAGGGAGCAGCCCUCAGCUAGUGACGGAUGGAAAAUUGGAAGAUAAUUGUUCUAGCUUCCUUGCCCUUCUGGUGACACUCUGAGGCAUGUUUCACAUUGUCUCCUAGAGUUUCCAGUGGGACAAGACUUCAUUGCCCACAGCAGGAAACUUAAAUAUGUACUCUUUAUUUUCUUCCCCCUCUUCACUGUCUCACUUCCAUUCCUUUAUCAGUGUUCCCUGGGAUUAACGAUUAACUCCUAAAUAAGCUUCUUGUCUUAAAAUCCUGGUCUUCAGAGUCUCUUUCUGGGACCACCUAAAAUACUUUUGACUUUGGAAAUAAGUCAUUACUAGUACUCAUGCUAGAUAUGAAAGAUUUCUUUUAAAAAGACAAUAAUUGGGGUGUCUGGGUGGCUCAUUCAGUUAAGCAUCUACCUUUGGCUUAGAUCAUGAUCCCAGGAUCCCAGGAUCGAGCCCCACGUUGGGCUUCCUGCUCAAUGGAAAUUCUGCUUCUCCCUUACUCUCUGCCUCUGUACUCUCUCUCAAAUAAAUAAAUAAAAUCUUAGAAAAAAAUUAUUAUUUUGAACAAGAUCUAAAACAAGUAUUGUAGUAUUCUAUUUUAGCUUGUCUCAUAAUUGCAUCCAUGUUCAAUUUAAUUUCCUUAGCUUCAUUUCAUAGCAAAGGAAAGAUUCACAGUAAAAAGACUUAGGUAAAAAUACAAGCUAAAUAUUUUAGGUGGAAAUUGUACUACCAGAUCUAUUUGUUCUUUUCUUCUAAAAAAGUAAUAUAGGUCCAUUAUCUAAAUAACCUAAGAAAGACACAAUGGGUUAUCUGUUUUGGUAGAAAUUACAUGGAAUUUGGUUCAACCAAAAUUAUGGAUUAUUAACUGCUUGGAUCCUACUUUCUCAUUUCUUACCAAGACCUGCUUAUUCAUAAUCAGGGACCAGAAUUAGCCUUUACUAACAUUGAUUGUAAGGGUAAAUUUAGUUCCUGGGUAAUUUCCCCAAAGAUUUUUCUAUGAUUCUUAUUUAAACUUUUGGGACACUUGGCUGGAGCAGCUGGUAGAGCAUGUGACUCUUGAUCUCGGGGGUGUGAGUUCAAGCGCCAUGUUGGGCAUUGAGCUUUACUUAAUUAAAAAAUAAAUAAUUUUUUGUGAUUUUUAUUAAGGAUUCAGGAAUAUGGAGUUUAUAAUUUGAAUAAACUCUACGUUAAAUUGCAUUAUAAGUUUAUCUUUUAUACUUUGAUAUCUUUUCUGAAUUAAGAAUACUGAGUUUUGUAUGUUUAAAAACUAAUGGGAGAAACAUCCGUUUUAGGCACAUGUUAAUUAUCAAUCUUCUUUCUUUUCUCACAUAAAAACUGUGAUUUUUGUGUCUGAAAUAUACGCUCUAUUGAUCUGGUUUGUGAAAUGGAACAGAAAUGAAUUUAAGCAGGUUUGUAGUUCUGUUUAUAGGGCCAUUCUAAGAUUAUUAUUAUGGCACAAAUAUUUUCCCAUCAGAGAAAUAGAAUAUUUGAGGAAUAUAUUUUAAUUAGUUAUCCUGAUUAUAAAAUAACAUCUUAAAACAUCUCUGUAUUUUUUAAGUAGAAAUACCAGAGUGUGUAUAUAUAGUGUUUUCCGACAGUGCAAUUGCCUUGCCUUGUGGUGCCUUCAGAUUCUAUGUUUUUGAGUACAUGACAGGACAUUUCUUGACCUUUUGGGGUUGUAUUUGUUUACUGGACAUGGUCAGAAAUCAACUGCGUUAUUAGACUGGAUAAUACGGUUUAGGGGAAAAAUGUUAGUUAUAAAAGAAUAAGUCUGCCUUUCUCCUGGGAUACAUUAAAUUGCUCUAACGUAGAAACUCUCCAAAAUCUCCAGAGUGGCAUAUUGGAAUAAGCUUAGAGUCUGUCAAAGUAACUAUUCGUUUAUAAAUAUAAGUAUUUUUACUUCAAAAAGUACUCUUGUUACUUUUUAGGUGUGCUACAUCUAAAUAACUACCUUUUUUUUUUUUUCUUUUUACCAAAUCCACACAAGGCUUUUGGCAUUACAAGUAUCUCGAAAUGAUAGGUUGAGAUCUGGUGUAAGAAAGAAGCAAAGGUGAUUUUUUCCAGUGCAUAAGAAAGCUGGCCCAUUUCCUGAAAGCUAAAUGUUGAAGUGAUUAAAAAUGGGGAAUAUCUUUUUAUAAAGUCUUUCCUGGAAGCUAAUUGUGUUAAAUGUGAACAAUCUCAUGAUAACUUGAUAUAAAUAAAACAAGCAUCAAAAAUUGUCUCUUUGAAAAGUUUACAUAUUUUCCAUCACCAAUAGGCCACUUAUGCUAUACUUUUGUAUUAAGUAUUUAAAUAGAACCUGGCCUUUUUAAGGUUUAAAAAGUGCUCCCCUCCUUCCAUUAAUGUGAAGUACUUGUUUUUGAUAAUGUUGUAUUUCUGGAUGUUUGUUAAUUUGAUGAAUCUUGCAGGGUAAGUCUUUUCCUAAAAGUUCUGCUUGGUACAGUUAUCAGAGAAAAUUAACUUGGAUAAAACAAUGGUGCAGUUUUAAAGUUAAAACUUUUAAAAUUUUUAAAAAUUUUAAAAUUUCUAUUUAAAAUAAGAUCUCCAUGAUUCUAUUUAAAAUAUGAUUUCCAUGAUUGCGAUUGAUAAUUUUGUAAUCUUUGUUCUCAGAAUUGUUUGUGUAUUGGGAAAAUAUUGUACCUUAUAGUACCUGGUUUGCAUUUUUUUUUCUGUUUUAAAAAUCCUCACAUUUAUUAUCUCUUAACAAAAGUAAUUUUUUAAUAAAUGUUUACAUUUUGAAUGGGAAAAUUUAAACCAAUUAUCAGUACUAAAACAGGUUGAAACUUAGGUCUGGCAUUUUGGUUGGAGUUUGGAUUGUGUAUCUAAAGGAUGUCAGUUUCUACUCAAGAUUUACAAUAGAGUUAACAUUGGAUUCAAAAUUACUUGAUUGUAAACAAAACAAAACAAAACAAAAUUACUUGAUUGUAAUUUAUAUUUUAAGUGUAAUGUAGAGAUUUUGCAUUAACAGAUAUUUUUAAAAUUUCCAUAUUCAGAUAUUAUUUUUAAAUGGAGGUUUAAAUAAUUUUUUAAUAAUAGAAACAUAGGUAAAUAUGUUGUAUUUAAAUCAUUACUAGUUUAUUACUUGAAAGGAACUUCAGUUCUGUGCGGGAAAUUUUACCUCUAUAGUUGUAGAGAUGUCUGUCCAUCAUAGCUUCAGAUUUUCUCUAAGAUAAAGAGAGGAGAAAUACUGUCCAUCAUUUCUUCAGAUAUCUCAUAUGAUUAAAGUUACUGUUACUAUAAAAUGGCUUAGAAUGAUAUUUUUUAGCAGAAAUUUUAUAGUAAUUUCAAUGCUACAUGGUAAUGAGCAGCUUUCUGGUUAGAGUCUUUAGGUUUUCUUGCUAGUUUCUCCCUUGUAUACCCCACACCCUCUGCCUUUUUAAUGUCUACAUUGUUGGCAUCUUCUCUACAAUUUUAGGAAAACUAGACACUUGAAAAAGGAGUUCUUUUCACUGAGUUUUAGUUUUUCUGUCCAAGAUGAGCAGUAGUGUGAUUAAGGAGAUAUACUUUACCUCCUUCUUUUAUAACAGAGCUUAUAGCAUUUAAUAUUCUUUUUUUUUAAAAAGAUUUUAUUUAUUUACUCAUGAGAGACAGAGAGAGAGAGAGAGAGAGAGAGAGACAGGCGCAGGGACACAGGCAGAGGGAGAAGCAGGCUCCAUGCAGGGAGCCCAAUGUGGGACUUGAUCCACGGUCUCCAGGAUCACACCCUGGGCUGAAGGCAGUGCUAAACCACUGAGCCACCUGGGCUGCCCAGCAAUUAAUAUUCUUAAAGAAUAAACCUUUACCAAGUUUUGUACUUAUUUGCAGAUCAGCCUAGGAAAACCCUUAAGAAAGUAACAGAUGGAUUGUAUAGUAAAAUAGAGAUAGUGGGAUUUUUGAGCAUGAGGAUUUUGUAAAGUUCAGUGAAGAAAACUGUUCUUUCAAAUGAAGAUAACGAGGCUUAUAAAUGAAAAUAUGGGACAGAAAACACGAAUAGUUAAAACUAUUUUUAAAAAUCUAAACUCUAUUGAAAACAAAUAGGUUAUUCCUAAGAAAAAGAUACUGUAUGUUUUAAUUAUCUUCUAUCUAUGUGGGCACUAGAGCAGUAAAAACUAAGAUUGAUUUGUUUCUCUUCCCCUUUUUAGUUAAUUAGCACUAGUGUUACUGGCUUAAUUCUGUAAUGAUUGUUAUUUUCUAACAUUUAAAAAGAUAUUUCCUCUAAGAUAAAGAUAGGAAAAUACUGAUCUGUGUCCAUCCUCCCUUUCCUUUGUUGUAGUUUUUUCUUUGUAUAUUGGAAACAACAACAAAAAUAACAAAAGCCUGUUCUUAAAGUUUCAAAAAGACUGCUUUUUCCUGAGAGAAAUCUUUUCAACGUAGCUCUAAACCUGUAGCUUCUUGUAGUGGGUAAUUUGUUCAUUUUCUGAUAUCCUUAGCCAUAACAUUUUUUUAAUGGAAACUAGAACUUGAGAUAGAAUACCCUCACAGCAGAGCUAUAUUUGCUUGGGCACAUGAUUGGGCACAUUCUCCCUUUGUAGUGGUGUUCUCCAAUGCUUGAUUUCCCCUGCCCCCCAGCAACAGCUCUCCCCUUUUUUCCCUCUCACUCUUUCCUAUUCUUUUUCCCCCUCCUCUUGGAGAAUAAGACCCUUUAAGUAUGUAAUUACUGUAUUUCAUAUUCUUAAUUAGCACUUAUAAAUUUAGCACCAUCUCCUAACAGAGCAGUUGUAUCAUCAACCAUACUACUUUAGUUCAUUGUUCUUCUAAACAUCGGUGUCAAUUUACAUAUCAGGUAAAGUGUAUCAGAGAUAUCACCAUUUAUAAAGGUACUGGCUUUCAUUGCUUAUGGUAAAUAAAUGUUUUAAUCUUUUGCCAACUGGAAAAAAAUAUUUCAAAGGAAAGGAAAAGCCAUUUUAUGCAAAUGUUUGUAAACAUGUAUGUAAAUAUGUUGUUUUCUUUCCCUCCAAAAAUAUUUUAAUAAAAAUGGAUUUUUA